AUGAGCGGCGAGAUUGAUGCCGUCUACAUAUAUGACGAGCAAAAUGCACCUCUCGUCGAGCAUGUAUACCGAUCCCGCCCGCCUUCGGCCUCCGCCAUCCUGCCCCUCUACCUCGCCCAUGCGGCCCCACGCCCCUCCUUGCUGUACAUAGCUAGCACUUCACCGCCGGUGACGGUAUUCUCGACUGUUGAGUCAAAUCUACUGUUCCUCGCUAUCAGCGAAGUCGAUACCGAGCCACUCCUAGCACUCGAAUUCCUGCACCGGGUGGUUGAUGUCCUCGAGGACUUUGUUGGAGCACCGCUACUCUCAACUAAGAUCAAUGCCAAUUACGAUGUUGUCGCACAGCUGCUUAAUGAGAUGUGCGAUGGCGGGACGGUAUGCAAUACCGAGCCCAAUGCAUUGCAGGAGGUUGUGGAGGUCCCGGGUUGGGUGGAUAAGCUGCUUGGCGGAAUCGGGGUCCCUGGCACUGCAACACCAACUUUGGGAUCUACCAAUACUCUGAAACAAUCACUGGCAGCUGUCAGUGCAUCUCAAGGCCCUGCCAUUCCCUGGCGACGACCGGGUGUACGGCAUACCUCAAAUGAACUAUAUGUCGACAUAAUCGAAUCUCUGUCAGUGACCAUGGCUCCUUCGGGUCGACUGCUUUCGGCGUUAGUAUCCGGAACAAUUGCUUUUACCGCAAAGAUCUCAGGAGUCCCGGACCUGCUACUAUCGUUAUCAGCUCCGGGUGGACAGCAUUCCCUUGGCCGCAAGAUCGAACUACCAGUCUUCCACCCAUGUGUCAGACUGGCCAAAUGGAGGGAAAGACCUGGCGAACUAAGCUUUAUCCCUCCGGAUGGACGAUUCAUCCUAGCUGGGUACGAAGUUGACCUCCUUCCUAUCGAUCCGAACCUGGAUGAGCCACCAAGCCAUAUGGAAAAGCUCUUCUUACCUGCUAUUGUGGAUAUUCGCAAGUCAUUAGGUACAUCGGGCUCUGAAUUCGAAGUCCGACUAACUUUGAACACGAAUUUCCCCGGCCAAAGUUCAUCGUCACGGCCUGGGGUUGGGCGGAACGGAUCCGGCACAUCAACGCCGUCAUUUCUCGGUGGCAGUGGCAGCGGAUCGAAUGUACCGGUACUAGAAGAAGUUGUCGUCAGUGUGCCGAUCUCCAAGUCUGUCAGACACAUCACGGACAUGCAGGCCAGCCGUGGUGACGCCCAAUUCACCCACUCAACUGGACUCCUCGAGUGGCGGAUCCCGACUGGCAAGGAUGCCGGCUCAUUGUCGGGUACCGCUACACUACGCUGUAGUGUCUCAGGCUAUCCGUCUGCCGACGAUGACUUCGAUGAUAGCCUCGAGGAUGCAGACGAAGACGCCAAUGCCACCCUCCUGCAAGGCUACUACGAGGCCCCCACUUCAUACAACGACCACUCUGUCAGCACAACCAAGGAAACCCGAUCCUCCGACCCCACCAAACGCAAAAAGAAGAAGAAGAAGGACAAGGAGAAGGAGAAGUCCACAAAGAAAUCAUCCCGUUCGGCCGCUCUAAAACCCGAGAAUGCUGAAGACUCGGUUGCAGUAACAGCCACUACCCCAUCACCAGACCACUCCAAACCCGCAACCCCUACACCAAAGCCUCAACCCCAACCUCAAUCCCACGCCAAUACAUCCGCCCACCUACCCACGUUCUUCGACCCAUCCUCCACCUCCCGUCCAGCCCGCAGAACCAAAGCCCAGCUCAACGCAAGCCUGAUGCCAAACUCGGCCUCGGUAUCUUUCUCCGUGCGAGGCUGGCUUCCUUCCGGUAUCAAGGUGGAUAGUUUGAACAUUGACCAGCGCCGCAGUCGGGGCUUGGGUGAGAGUGUCAAGCCGUACAAGGGUGUUAAGUAUCUUUGUGUGAGUAAGCGCGGCGUUGAACGGCGCUGCUGA